AUUUUCAAAAUUGAAAAUGGCGCAACCACGUAGACUAUAACCAACACACGUCCCUGAUUUCUCUCUCAACACAAACAAACCCUAUCUCGACUGAAAUUUCUCUACCUUCCCCAAAAUUCUCCGAUCACUUCUCACCUUCCCUUUCCGGGUUUCCCCCCCAAACCGAUAAAAAAGGCUUAAAAAUCCCACCCAAAAAUGAAGCACCAAACUUGCGCCGCUUGUAGAUUCCAGCGCAAGAAAUGUACCCAAGACUGCCUCAUGGCCCCAUAUUUCCCUGCAACCAGGUUUCAACAAUUUCUGAAUGCACACAAACUGUUUGGUGUUGGCAAAAUCACCAAAACCCUCAACAGCGUCUCUCCUCAGCAGAGAAGCUCUGCCAUGUACAGCGUCAAAGCCGAAGCCGAGUACCGUGCCAGGGACCCUGUUGGUGGCUGCUACAAUGAAAUAAAGUCGUUGCUGUGGAAGAUCAGAACAACUGAGGAUGAACUCCGACAUGUGCAUUCUCAGCUUUACAUGUUUCGUGCCGGAGGAGAGAAUGCUAUGGCUCAGCCUUUAGACGGCUAUGAAUACAAUGUCGUUCAAGAACUUGAAAAUGAUUCGCAGCUUCAUCAUCAACUACAGAAGAAUAUUGUUCAAGAACAGAGCGAUGUUGUGGAAAAUCAUCAAGAACAGCGCAAUGUGUUUGAUUUAAGGGAUGAAGUUGUGCUAGAACAAGAUGUCAACCCAUUUCAGGAUGAGGUUCCAGUAAUUCACAACACUACUUCUCAGUUACAAAGUGGUAAAAGAUGAUUGUUGAUUUUGCUAUACUAGUUCAGUAUCUCAGUUAAAUCUCAUGGAGCUCUGUUUUCUGUACAUCAGAUAGAGUAGAAGGUAAAAAGAAAAUGAAAUGUAGAUGUUCCAGAUACCUUUUUCCUCGACAGAUAGUUUUAUCUAAAUAGAACUAUAUCAGGAAGACACAGUCUCUUAUCUCUCUCUCCCUUUUGUCUUGAUUCUCACUAAGCUAUCGCCAAAUUUUUGUGCUGCUCUA